AUGAAGACCCUGAAGAAGUUCGAAAAGACAAUCGAUGAACGGAUUGCAGAAUUGUGCGAUAGGAUCAAACAGAGAUCUGCGGCACACGAAGCUGUCGACUUUUCAGAUUGGUGGCUUGCCGAUGUCUACAGUCACAUCGCCUACGGCGAGCCGCUGGGAUGCGUCGCACAGGGACACGACGUCAACGGACUGAUCGAUGCUAUACAAAGCGCAUACUCUAUGGUCGGUACCGUAGCAGUUCUACCCUGGCUCUUCAUCCCUCUCAUCAAAAACGCUCUCUUGAAGAAACUGGUCGUGCCGUACCUGAAGGCUUCAAAAGGCAUCAAGAAACUCACAGACAACUACGAGAACAUGAUGGUCAAACGAUCAACGGAACCCCAUCUCAAAUUCCGGCCUUGCCUCUUCGACAGCCUCUUGAUCCCUAACCCAAGCCGCGAAUCCCUAAGCCCUUCCGAAAUCGCCGCCGAGCAUAUCCUCUUCACCUCCGCCGCCCUCGACGGCCUCGCCGCCUUCAUCUCCCCCUUCAUCGACCACGUCACCCAAAAUCCCUCCAUUUACCGCACGCUCAUGGCCGAAAUCACCGACUUCGAGCGCCGCGGCGCCCUCUCCGGCCCCGUCGUCUCCCACGCCGAAACGACCGCCCUCCCGUACUUCAUGGCCUGCAUCAGCGAAUGCUUGCGCUUCGAGUCCCCCGCGCAGACCAUCUUGCCUCGCUAUGUCUCGGCGGGCGGACUGGUGUAUGACGGCGAGGUCAUCCCGGCGGGGACGGAGAUGGCCGCUUCGCCGUACAUCAUCCAUCGCAGCCGCGCCGUCUUUGGCGAGGACGCCGAUACGUUCCGGCCCGAGCGAUGGUUGGAGGAUCAAGAGCGCAGUGCGCGGAUGGAACGGUAUGGGAUGUGGUGGGGUUACGGGACGAGGCAGUGUACGGGGAAAUAUCUGGCGCAGAUGCAGAUGCAGAAAUUGUGUUUGGAGAUUCUGAGGCGGUUUGAAGUAAAGACGAAGGAUCCGGAGAGGAGAUUUGUGCAUAAGAGGUGGGCGGUUGGAAUGUUUUGGGAGCAGGAGAUGAUUGGUGAAGAUGCGUCGGAUGAGGUCAAGGAUUCGGGCGUUGACGGUGCAUUCGAGGGUGGGGAGUUCUUUGCCGAGUAUCAGCAGUAG